AUGGCGGUGUCGAAGAUUCGUGUCAGGAGCAGUCAAGAAUUAUGGACUAUACUGUUGGGAAGAUCUGCUUUGCGAGAGCCGGCUCAGAUAGAGGCAGAACUUGAUCGACACUGGGAGAAGCUACAUCAGGGACUUAGUUAUUAUAAAGCACCCAGCUCAUCAUCUGCUGGAAAAGUUAAAGCAAACACAGAUGUUUCUCCGCCACUGAAGGAAUUUGGUCUGAGGAUCAGUCAAUUAUUGAAUCUUGAUGAGCAACAGAGUCUGGACAUUUUAGAGUGUUACUUGCAGGAAGACUACAGAGGAGCUCGUAAUUCAUUGAAGACUGUUCUUCAGGAUGAGAGACAAAGUCAGUCACUCCUGCUGAAGAUAGCUGACUAUUACUAUAAGGAGCGCGAGUCUCUGCUCAGAUGUGUCAUUCUCCUGCUGAGGUACUUUCAGGAUGAGCGACAUCCCUUCAAGGCUGAGUAUUCUAACUGUGUAUAUAAACUGGAGAAGGACCUAGUGAGCAAGUAUCAAUCACAGUUUGACAAUCUGUUUAAAGCAGAGGCACCAACAUGGGAGACCCAUGGAAACCUUAUGACUGAGGGACAGGUAUCAAGAUGGUUCCUCCAGUGUCUGAGAGAGCAGUCUCUGCUGUUGGAGAUCCUCUUCCUGUAUUAUGCUUACUUUGAGAUGUCUCCUUCUGACCUGUUGAGCUUCUCCAAGAUGUUCAAGGAGCAGGGCUUUGGCUUACAGCAGACCAACAGACACCUAAUGGACAAAAGCAUGGAUACCUUGAUCGACCGCAUCGGGUACUUCAGCUCUCUGAUCUUGGUAGAAGGAAUGGACAUAGACUUCCUUCAUAAGUGUGCAUUAGAGGACUGUACAGAGCAGCACCAGUUCUUCAACUCUCAUGAGAUCAACAAGGAGAUGGACCAAUUGCUUCUGACCUUUGGGGACAUCUCUCACCAUGGGCCUGUUCUGCUAGCCUGGGUCCUGCUGAGACACACAUUGAAACCAGACGAGCCGAGCCCAGUCACCAGGAGGAUAGCCAAGGCGUCGUUGGAGUUGGGGGUAUUCAAGUACCUCUCUACCAUGUUACAAGGCCUUGGAGUCUCAGGAAAUAAUUGUACAGUGAGCUCUGCAAAGAUGUGUAUCUAUGGCCUCCUUUCAUUUGCGAUUAUUUCUUUUGAAGAGGAAACUCUGGGCAGCCAGCAGCAUCUGAUUGUUGCUGCCUGUGAAGUCGUCUCUGCUCCCGGUCUGGCCGAGCUGUUUUGGGAAAUGACACCCAACAUGGGAUUGGGAAUGAUCCUUGACAGUGCUGUUGGGAUGUUCCCGCAUGAGAUUGGACCAUUGCUACAGCUUCUAACUGCUCUUCUGUCAAACAUUCCAACUGUACAAAAGGUCUUCACUUUCUUGGAUAAGAUGUCCUUCUACACAGAAGUUUACAAAUAUAAGCCCUAUGAUAUAAUUUCCAAUGAUGAUGAGACUGUGUGGAGAAGACAGACACCAAAGCUCGUGUACCCUCUCGGCCUAGGUCAGACCAACCUGAGGAUGCCCCAGGGAAUGACUGGCCAGGUUGUGGUGAGGGGUGAGCAGGGCUAUGUAGUGCACUGGGACUACUCCUACAGCUCCUGGGCUUUGUUCACCUGUGAGAUUGAGAUGCUGCUCCAUGUAGUUUCAACUGAAGAUGUGAUAUCUCACUGUCAGCGAGUCAAGCCCAUUCUGGACCUGGUUCACAAGAUCAUUAGUAAAGACUGGACUGUGACUGACUAUCUGCUGCCUCUCACCUCACGCGUCUACAUGCUGCUCAAGAGGCUAACAUCAGUCAUCAGUCCUCCAGUUGAUGUGAUCGCCUCCUGUGUGAACUGCCUUAUUGUGCUAGCUGGCAGGAUGCCUGGGAAGGUAUGCUCCAGUCUGCACCACACAGGUUUUUUACCCUUUGCAACCAGCCCUUUGACCAGCAUGGCUCAGUCCAUAAGUGCUCGAGGUAUGAAGGCAGGUAACUAUGGCAACCUUCUGGUCCAGACUGAGCAGCCUAGAGGAGAGUAUGCCGUGACCAUUGCCUUCCUUCGCCUCAUCACAACCCUGGUCAAGGGUCAUCUUAGCAGCGCUCAAAACAAAGGCCUGAUUCCCUGUGUCCUGCUGGUGCUCAAGGAGAUGCUGCCUACAUACCAUAAGUGGCACUACAAUACCUAUGUAGUCAGGGAGAGGAUAGGCUGUCUAAUCUUGGAGCUGGUCCAUGCCAUUCUCAAUCUCAGCCCAGAAGGAGAGGAUCAUGACAGCACCCCAACCCUCCAGUCCCUGUGUAUCUACUGCUUGGCUAACACUGAGGCAGGCCAGGCAGUGGUCAACAUCAUGGGAGUAGGAGUGGACACCAUAGAUGUAGUACUGGCAGCACAGCCCAGUGGUCUAUUGCCCUCUAGUGGUGGCUCUGAGGGACCAGGCCAGAUUCUGAUUCAGACAGUCAAACUGGCCCUCUCCAUCACAAACAAUGUUAUCCGUUUGAAGCCUCCCACCAGUGUCAUGUCUCCUUUGGAGCACUGCUUGACACAGCAUGGUGGCCAUGGAAACAAUCUGAUCGCUGUCCUGGCUAAGUACAUCUACCACAAACAUGACCCAGCACUUCCACGCUUGGCACUUCGACUUCUUAAAAGGCUUUCCACAGUUGCUCCCAUGUCAGUGUAUGCCUGCUUGGGCACUGAUGCAGCAGCCAUCCGGGAUGCAUUCUUGACUCGGUUGCAGAGCAAGAUAGAAGACAUGAGGCUCAAAGUCAUGAUCCUGGAGUUCCUAGCUGUCGCAGUGGAAACCCAACCUGGCCUCAUUGAGCUCUUCCUCAACCUGGAGGUCAAAGAUGACAGUGAGGGUUCAAAGGAGUUUCGGCUGGGUGAGUGGAGCUGUUUGCUGGUGGUAUUGGACCUGAUUGACUCCAAAAACCAGGGGAAGUACUGGUGUCUACCUCUUUUGCACCAUGCUGCUCUAGGCUUCCUUCUUGCCCUCUGGGUGAAUCGCAAGGACAGUGCCAUCUCUGUCCUUCGCACCAAAGAGAAGUUUUGGGAAGAUUUGACAACCCCGCUCUUUGGAGCGCUUAGUCCUCCUUCAGAAACCACAGAGCCCUGUGUUCUUGAGUCUUGUGCUUUUGCCAUGAAAAUAAUUAGCCUCGAGAUCUACUAUGUUGCCAGUGGCUCCCUGGAGCAGUCCUUGAAGGAUGUGCUUCAGAAGUUCUCCAGUGCACGGCGCUAUGAGUACUGGUCCCAGUAUGUAAAAUCUUUGGUUUGCCAUGUCGCUGAGGCAGAGGAGGAGGUAAUCUGCCCCUUCUCUGAAACCCAGAUGCUGAUGUCUUCCUGGUACUUGGUGCUGAUCCUUUCCACCAGCCACUCUGUGAUGCAGCUAACAGAGGACUCAGUCAAGCUGAAGUUGUUCAUGGAUGUCCUGGAUGGGGCCAAAGCUGCUCUGAUGGUGUCUAUGUCUGUACCUUGUUUACGCCUUGGAUCCAUGAUAGCAACCGUGCUAAUCAUCCUCCUCAAACAGUGGAGAAGUGUGGUUGCUACAGCCCCUGACAUUCUGUCUCCACUCUCUCUGAUCCUGGAAAGUGUCCUAAAAGCUGACCAGCAACUGAUGGAGAAGACCAAAGCUAAGAUCUUAUCUGCACUUAUAUCUGUCCUACAGAUACAGGGACUCAAUGGCGGGGAGAUUUCCCAGCUGCCCCAGCUCCUACAUUGUGUUUGUGAGACAGUGAAAGACGAAGCUUUGGCACUAAGCUACAGCACUCGUCAAAUGAGCCAGUUAGGAGACGUCGUGGAGGACAAGGACAGCAUGGAGACAGAUGCUCCCUGCAGCCUUCAGAAGGACCAGAGAUAUGGGGUUUGUGUGCUGGCCCUGCACCUCGCCAAGGAGCUGUGUCAUGUUGAUGAGGAUGGGGAACACUGGGUUGUAGUGAUGAGAAAGGUUCCCGUUCUCCCCUCGGUACUCAGUGCCUUAGAGCUCAGCCUGCAGUCCAAACAAAACCUCUACUUCACCGAGGCUACGCUGCACCUGCUGCUCACGCUAGCCCGCACCCCUCGGGGGGCAGCAACUCUUGCCCGGGCAGCGGUCAGUCAGAGUGUCUGUCUUCCACUUCUCAGUGUCUACAAAGUCUCUACAAAUACCUCACAGAGUUUCUUUAGGAAGUCUCAGUACUCCCCUUGUUGGCCUGGGGUGUAUCGCCUCUGUAUGUCCCUGAUGGAGAGUCUGCUCAAGACACUUCGUAACAACUUCAUAAACGAAGCCCUCGACUUCGCCGGAGUACAUCAGGAGCGUAUACUGCAGUGUCUGAAUGCAGUGCGUACAAUAAAUAGCCUGGCAUGUUUGGAAGAGGUAGACCACACAGUCGGCUUCCUGCUGCAGCUGUCCAGCUUCUAUAAGGAAUGGGAGUUUCAUCUGCCUAAGUUGCUUCAAGAUGUGCAAGUAAACCUAUGUUAUUUGUGCCAGACAUGUACAUAUCUCCUUCAUAGCGAGAGGAUGCUCCAUAAUUACCUCCAGGAUAAGAAUGGCGAGGCGUUACCCCCAGGACAACUCCCGAGGACCCAUCGGCCCCCUCAGACUCCCUCUAAAGACGCUGCAGUUGUUGGGGAAAGGGAGGAGGCUGAGCAGAAGACCCUACUUGCCGUCCAGUGCAGCCUUCUGAAGAUCCUCAGUAAAACACUGGCUACUCUGCAGCACUUCACCCCAGACUGUUGCCAGAUACUCCUGGACCAGUGUAUGGACAUCACAGAAUAUAGGACCCUGUUCAUCCACAGCUUCACAACGCCUGUGUUCGACCUUGACGUGGCUCCUUCCUUUGGCACCCUGCUGGCCACCAUCAAUGUGGCCCUAAGUUUGCUUGGAGAGAUGGAGAAGAAGAAAGAGCCAGCUUCCUCUGAGGAGAUGCAAGCAUUCAAGUCUUUGCUGAUGUUCACUAUGGAGAACUGUUUCUACGUGCUGAUCUCCCAGGCAGUUCGAUGUCUGAAGGACCCCUCGAUCGUCCUCAGAGACAAGCAGAGGCUCAAACAGGGACUCAGCUCUGAACUGAGCACUCUUCUUUCUAGCCUGUCUCGCUACUUCCGCAGGGGGUCACCAUCAUCACCAGCCAGUGGUAUUCUUCCUUCUACCCAGACCAAACCACCCACGCCAGGCUCCAAAGGCAGCCAUGAAGGCCAGGAGCCAUUCAUUCAACUUGUCCAGGCCUUUGUUAGACUUGUUCAGAGAUAGACAGUGGUCAGUGCUGUUCAUUCAUGAAAAAUACCUUAAAGUUGGUUCUGUGUUUCAGCCUUAAUGAAUUAACAUGGGCUCCUUUGUUUAAAAGCAUCUGUGAUGUCGGUAAAUGUUUUUAAUUAAAAUAUCCUGCACUUGUACUCGCUUACCUAAUGAGUCUUUUUCCAAUUCACUGGACAACAAUUUUUUUUCAAACAUUCUGCUUCCUGAAAAAAAAUUAGAUUAUGAUAGACAAUGUCAAGCGGAUGCAAAAAUAAUUUCAGAUUUACUGUAUCACAUAGGAAUUUGGAGAAACAUUAAAAUAACUUUUAUUGAAUUUACCAUGUUUAAUCGCAUAAUGACGCUGACACAUUGUGUCAGUUCAACUGAGCUUAAAAUGUUGUGCAGCCGAUUUUUGUUUAUACUCAGCAUCUGGUGCCUCUCGUGUCAGUGCCCAACAAUAGUCGGCCGGCAUUGAUGGAUUCCAGUUGCCCUGAUACCUCUUUUCCAUGGUCGCAAUGUCCUGGUGAAACCUUUCACCAUGUUUGUCACUGACUGCACCAAGCUCAGCAGGGAAGAAGUCCAAGUGUGAUGCCAAAAAUGAAUUUUCAAUGACAUGUUGCACUUCAUGGUUUUUGUAUGCUUUAAGCAUGUUGUCAAGCAGCUCAGUGUAGUUUGGUGCUCUGUAGUUGCCAAGAAAAUUCUCAACGGGGUGUCUGGGUAGCGUGGCGGUCUGUUCCGUUGCCUACUAACACGGGGAUCGCCGGUUCGAAUCCCCAUGUUGCCUCCAGCUUGGUCAGGCAUCCCUGCAGACACAAUUGGCUGUGUCUGGGGGUGGGAAGCCGGAUGUGGGUAUGUGUCCUGGUCGCUGCACUAGUGGCUCCUCUGGUCAGUCGGGGCGCCUGCUCAGGGGGGAGGGGGAACUAGGGGGAAUAGCGUGAUCCUCCCACGCGAUGUGUCCCCCUGGCGAAACUCCUUACCGUCAGGUGAGAAGAAGCGGCUGGCAACUCCACAUGUAUCGGAGGAGGCAUGUGGUAGUCUGCAGCCCUCCCCGGAUCAGCAGAGGGGGUGGCGCAGAGACCUGGACGGCUUGGAAGAGUGGGGUAAUU